AUGUUAGUAAGUGCUGGUGUUGCCUCGGGCGGUGGAGUCAUCACAGGCGGUACCGGAAGCGCGGCAUCAUGGAGAGAACAUCACCUGGACGAGAUUCCGGUUGCAGCUGAAGACGUGGGAGACGCUGUUACAUGUUUAUUACACACAAUUCUUUUCACGCGGGCGCCGGGUCCUGUACGACCCAGCGAAGCCACAUGUCAAGCAUUUCCCAACAUCACAUACGCAUUGUGUGCUGUGGGAGACGUGAGUCGAAAAGUGGAACACGCAGUCCGAACUUUCGAAGAGUUGGUGGUGCUAGGUGACAGUAGUUACGUCAUGGGAGUCAGCAAUGGAAUGGUGCCAGCUUACGGCCAACCUACAAUCAAAUCGGUGGGGACGAGUAACGUGAGAGGUGCCAAUAGUGGGUACAUCAUGGUCAAAUUCUUUGAACGAAAGGUUAAGAAGGCUCUUUUCGGACUCAUGUCGAACGAGGAAAAGACGAUCUUCGAAAAAUGGAUCAUUCCUGUCACAAUCACAUCGUCUCCUACUGCGUCGCAAGAGGAGCGGGAGUUAUGUGCAGGAGAGACGGAGGCAGCACUACAGAAUGCACUACUUCACAUUUUAACGGCAGUGCAGAGCAUUGAACAUAUACCCGUUGCGAUGUACGAUUUCGAAAUUGUUUCGUAUAAUAGCUUGGACGAUGCGCACGCUAGUAGCAAUUACGGUGGAGGAUUGGGGAGCGGUAGUAUGCGUCUAAUGCCGUAG